GGAGGAGGCGGCGGGGUCAGUUGAAGAAAGAAGGGGGUGGAGAAGAUAUAAUGAAGAAAGUUGUGAGAAUUUCCCCAGACUCUGAGAGUUUCACAACAUUUCAUCUCGAUCGCAAUUGACAACAUACGACUUAAAUUUCGUUAGUUCCCCCGCACAGAAUAUAAACGACUGAACAUCAUGGGUUACUCUGGACCUACUCAACCCGACCCGCCCUCAGGCGACUCGGCGAUUAUCCAAUAUGGUUACGUCCCUUCUCUUGCCAUGGGUAUAGUAGGGGUUAUAUUGUGGUUAUUGGUCGCUGGUCCUCAUCUGCUAUUAUUGUUCACUAAAAGGGGUACUCGGAGUGUCCAUGGACUCUUCUUCUUCUCUGCUAUCAUCGAAGCUCUUGGUUACGGAGCGCGACUUUAUUCUCAUACGCAUAUUUGGUCAGGAAUGGGGUUCUUGAUCGGUGUUACUCUUGUUCAAAUUGGAACAAUCCUCAUGACUGCCGCAUUGUACAAAUCCGUUCAACGAGGGCUCAAAUACACCCCCGAUGGUCGACGUCUGUCACCCAUGCGUCCGAGAUCUUUGAUCACGUUGUUUGUCAUCCUUGAUGUUGUGUGGGUACUUAUGCAAGUCGGGGGACAAUACCUUGCUGCCGCUGCCGCUGGGUCGGAUGUUACUGGAGAUGACCCCAUGUUUGCUUUAGGGACCUCCGAGCUCAUUUUCCUCGCUGGAAAUGUUCUUCAAGCCAUCACCAUCAUCAUUUUCUCCGUCUUUGUCAUCGUUAUUCUCCGUCGGUCCGACCGUCUUCUGGCCAAAGCGGAUCCCAACUUGCAAUACCCAUUUUUGAAGCCUUUGCUCGUUCAAAUUCUGGUCUCAUGUGCGGUGUUUUUCAUCCGGUUGGUCAUGAGAAUCGCAGAGGGUGCUCAGGGUGCAUAUGGUUUCGCCUCCACCCAUGAAGUCUUCUUCGGGGUAUUCGAAUUCGUCCCUAUCUUCCUAUUCGUCGUCUUGUGGGCCAUUCGACCAUUGUACAAAUUCAUCUUCCCUCUUGGACACCGACAUGGUGAAGGGGCGCAUACAACCGAAGUCGAUGUCGUCCCCCCUAUUCCUGCCUCUUCUGCCGGAAGUGCCGAAGCGAAAGUUUGAUCUGUGGGAUUAUUUUUGGAUUAGAACAGGGGUUUUCUUUAGAGGCCAAGGAAUGACGGGGAAAUGAAACGUGGGAAAUGGGAACUAAUGAGAGGAGGCUACGAUUCUGAUGAACUUAUGAUUAUGCUAUGCAAUGAAUUUUACACUCUUG